AAAGAAAGGAAAACUUUGGUUCGCUGAGAGGUUAAAGAUUAGCCUAGCUAGUAGCCAGCAUGACUUUGCUGAUUGAUAAACUUUUUUCACAAUUCUGUCACCAUUUCAAGCUUUCCUUUUGUAUCAUUUUUGUGGUUUCUGAUGCAUAUUGAUAUAUAUAAGAAGAAAUUUAAAAAUGUAUAUGAUCAACAUUAGAUUCAAUUUGUAUUUUGUCAAAGUCCCAAAUUGGUUGGAGGUUUGGGUUGUAAUACAUAGUUUUGGAUACCAUAACUCUAACUCUGGACGUCUUCAUGAUCUCAUGGUUUAAAGUCUAUUUUCUUAAUAUAGUAUCAGAGUUAGAGUUAGACUCAUUCCUAAUCUUGAUUUACUCAAUGUUAAGCCUCCAUGUUAUGGUAUCCCUGCUCUGACCUUGGACGUAACAUGGUGUUGGAAUCCAACAUUGGUUGAGGAUAUGAGUUAUGAACUCUUUAUAUUGUUUUGGUCAAUCCUUAUCUCAUAAACAACCUUUUGGAGUUGAGUUAGGCCGAAGGCCCACUUUUUUAACUGAUUUCAUGUUCAUAGAGUAGCUAGUAAUAAGCAGCUCUGACUUUAUCUUUCAUCAUAUUUCUAUAGCAACUCCCUUUAUAAUUAUGAUAUUAGGAUGUUUAGAAGUUUAACUUGUUGAGUUAUGUUAAGUGUUCCACAUCGGUUAAGAGAUGGAUUGUUUGUCUCCUCAUUUCACCUUCGGCGAUCCUCACCUCAUGAGCUAGCUAUUGGGGUUAAGUUGUCCAUUUCUUAACAUGGUACCAGAGCUAGGCCUAGCCUUGUUAUUUCGUUUUCCGAUUCCCGUGUUAUGUUAUCCACGCUCCAAUUGGAAGGCCUGGGUGUGCGAGAGAGGUAACAUAUCCAAACAUGUUGGAAUUUUUUGAGAGUCUUGGAGUUGAUAUGGAGAUCUCCGAUAUGUCAUUUUCAGUGAGCUUGGACAAAGGCCAUGGUUGUGAAUGGGGUAGCCGAAAUGGACUCUCUGGUUUGUUUGCACAGAAAAAGAAUGUCUUGAAUCCAUACUUUUGGCAAAUGAUUAGAGAAAUCAUCAAGUUCAAGCAGGAUGUCAUAAGUUACCUUGAGGCACUUGAUAACAAUCCUGACAUUGAUCGGAACGAAACGUUAGGACAUUUUAUUCAGUCACAUAGUUAUUCGGAGUUAUUUCAGAAAGCUUAUUUGAUUCCAAUAUGUGCUUCAAUUUGGUCCUGCCCCUCGGAUGGAGUAAUGGGCUUUUCUGCUUAUUCCAUUCUUUCAUUCUGUCGCAACCACCAUCUUUUGCAGCUCUUUGGUCGCCCUCAAUGGCUCACUGUUAGAUGGCGAUCACGUACAUAUGUAAACAAGGUUAAGGAGGAGCUGGAGAAGAGAGGCUGCCAAUUAAAGACUGGUUGUGAAGUAAAUUCUUUAUCAACGAAUGAAGAAGGUUGUACUGUAGCUUGCACUGAUGGUUGCAAAGACGUAUACGAUGGAUGCAUAAUGGCUGCACAUGCACCAGAUACUCUGAGAAUGUUAGGCAAAGAGGCAACAUACGAUGAAACAAGAAUACUUGGUGCUUUCCAAUAUGUUUAUAGUGAUAUUUACCUUCAUUGUGACAAAAAUUUCCUGCCUCGCAACCCAGCAGCAUGGAAUUUUCUUGGAACCAUGAACGAUAAAGUAUGCGUGACAUAUUGGCUCAAUAUACUCCAGAAUCUUGGUGAGACAGAGCGACCUUACUGUGUAACUCUUAAUCCUCCUCACACACCUGAACAUACGAUGCUUAAGUGGACCACAGGCCACCCCGUACCCUCAGUUGCUGCAUCAAUAGCUUCAUCCGAGCUACAUCAAAUCCAAGGAAAGAGAGGAAUAUGGUUUUGUGGAGCAUAUCAAGGCUAUGGUUUCCAUGAGGAUGGACUAAAGGUAGAACUAUUCCGCUAAGUUUUAAAAGAAAAUAUUAAUACACAUAAAGUUUUCAGCAAAAGGAGGAAGG